UAUUGCGGCGUGACACGCGUGUGGAGGAAGUGAAGUGACAGUUCAGUAGCUGCUGCUGCCUCCUGCCAUUCACAGAACCGGCGAAAUUGUGUUUUAUUCAUUCUUUUUUUAGAAUGUCGUGGCUGUUCGGCCUGAACAAGGGGCAGCCUGAAGUGCCUCCCGGUCUCCCGGUUCAGCCUCCACCACCACCACCGCCUGCCGGAGGUUCUAGCGGCGGCGGAGAUAAAGCCAAGGACAAAUGGAGCAACUUCGAUCCCACCGGGCUGGAGCGGGCUGCUCAGGCGGCCAAGGAUCUUGACAAGUCCCGACAUGCCAAAGAAGCUCUGGACUUGGCUCGGAUGCAGGAGCAGUCCACUCAGAUGGAGCAUCAGAGCAAAAUGAAGGAGUAUGAAGCCGCAUUAGAACAGAUCAAAGGCGACCAAGUCCGAAUCCAGGGAGAGGAGAGGAGAAAAACUCUGAAUGAGGAGACCAAGCAACAUCAAGCGAGAGCUCAGUAUCAAGACAAGCUGGCCAGGCAGAGAUAUGAGGACCAACUAAGGCAACAGCAAGCCCUGAAUGAGGAUAACCUCCGCAAACAGGAGGAGUCUGUACAUAAACAGGAGGCCAUGAGGAAAGCAACAAUAGAGCACGAGAUGGAGCUGAGGCACAAGAACGAGCUGCUACGCAUAGAGGCGGAGUCUAAAGCACGAGCUCGCGUGGAGAGAGAAAACGCUGAUAUCAUUCGCGAGCAGAUUCGGCUGAAGGCUGCAGAGCACAGGCAGACUGUGUUGGAGUCCAUAAAGACUGCAGGCGCUGUGUUUGGAGAAGGAUUCAGAGCCUUUGUUUCAGACUGGGACAAAGUCACAGCCACGGUCGCUGGUCUUACCCUUUUAGCUGUGGGAGUUUAUACAGCCCGAAACGCAACAGGGGUGGCGGGACGUUACAUCGAGGCAAGGCUUGGGAAGCCGUCAUUGGUGCGGGAAACAUCUCGUUUCACUGUGGGGGAGGCAAUCAAGCAUCCAGUCAAGACGGUUAAACGGCUAAAGAGCAAACCUCAAGAUGCCCUUGAGGGAGUCGUGCUCAGCCCUUCCCUGGAAGAGCGUGUGCGUGAUGUCGCCAUAGCAACGAGAAACACAAGGCAAAACAAUGGCCUGUACAGGAACAUCCUCAUGUAUGGCCCCCCAGGAACAGGCAAAACUCUCUUUGCGAAGAAGCUGGCCAUGCAUUCUGGGAUGGACUAUGCAAUUAUGACCGGCGGUGAUGUGGCACCCAUGGGCCGUGAUGGUGUUACAGCCAUGCACAAAGUGUUUGACUGGGCUAACACAAGUCGACGCGGACUUCUUCUUUUUGUUGAUGAGGCUGAUGCAUUCCUUCGCAAGAGAUCUACUGAGAAGAUCAGUGAAGACCUCAGAGCUACUUUGAAUGCAUUCUUAUAUCGCACUGGAGAGCAGAGCAACAAGUUCAUGAUGGUGUUGGCCAGCAAUCAACCAGAGCAGUUUGAUUGGGCCAUAAACGAUCGUAUCGAUGAAAUUGUGAAUUUCGCUCUGCCGGGACCCGACGAGAGGGAGAGGCUGGUGCGGUUGUACUUUGACAAAUAUGUGCUGGGACCCGCCACUGGAGGGAGGCAGAGGAUGAAGCUGGCUCAGUUUGACUAUGGUCAAAAGUGCACUGAGAUAGCGAAGCGGGCAGAAGGCAUGUCAGGGCGAGAGAUAUCUAAGCUUGGUGUGGCCUGGCAGGCAGCAGCAUAUUCAUCUGAAGAUGGUGUCCUGACGGAGGCUAUGAUUGACGCUCGAGUUGAUGAUGCUGUCAAGCAGCACCUUCAGAAGAUGGACUGGCUGCAUGGGGAGGAGGAGGCUCAGGGUAAGACCCUUACAACUCCCCAAGCUGGGGCAGAAACCAGUGGAGGUAAGAUGGGCUUUACUCUGCCCCUCAGUGAGGCACCUCAGGCUGAGGAGGUGAUUGCCCCAAUCCUUGAGAUUGAUACAAAAGAAGAAGGUGCAAGUAUACCACCUCCUUCUUCAGACAACAACCUAUCAGCAGAAGGCAAGAGUGAACAGGACUGUGAAGAUGCUUUCAAAGCAGAAGCUGCUGCAUCAACAACAGCAGAAGAGAGUUUGACCAAGCCUACAGUUUCCACUGACAGUGAGGGCAAAGUUGAAAAGAAAGACAAAACUGGAUCUUCACCAAAUGAUGGAACUCCAGUUUGAUUGGUAGAUUGUUCAGUGGUAGAAAAAAUAGUUUACUGUCCAUUCAACUUGUCCACAGGUCAUGACUUAAAAAGCCUGUACAACUGUCUGUAACAGAUGAAGAAAAAGUCAACUGGUUGGAAGAGAUAAUCAGUUAACUUUUCAAUACAAAACUGAAGCCUGAGGCUCUAACAUUCUAAUAUAUAAUGUAUGGAUCAUAAAGAUGUAUGUGAAACCAGACUGUAAUAACAGUAUGUAAGUGUUGUGCACAGUGGAGUGUCCAUUGGAAUGAUUAAAUGGAUGUUUUUUAUAUGAA